GCAGCCUAGGCCGAGCCGGGCCCGUAUGAGGAGAGCCGAGGCAGGAGGAGAGAAAGCGGCGGUAGCAGGAGCGGGCCGGGCCCGCGGGCCGGUUGUGAACUUGCAGAUAUCAUGGCAGAGGACCUGGCUCCGUCUUUGUUCUUCCAGCAUCAGUUCAUGUGCUCAGAGUGUGGGCUUCUCUACAACACUUUAGAAGGGGUGCUGAUCCAUCAGCAGAGCCAUCUAGGGGAACCUUAUGAGCCUACAGCUGCUACUGCAGCUGUGGACACAGGACACCAGCAGGACAACCGCUACCAGUGCUUGGAGUGUGGAUGUGUCCUUUCAUCCCCUGAUGAACUGUUAGCUCACCAGGAAGUGCAUCCAAGGGAGGUGCCAACUCGACCACAACCUCCACCGACUACCACUGGACAGAUCCGCUACCAAUGCAACGAGUGUAAUGAACUCUUUCCUUCUACUAGCCUAUGGUUGGCACACCGCCAGACACAUCAGAAAAAAGAGGCAUCAGCUGAUUCCCACCUGUCCAGUCCACCACCUCCACAGCCAACACCAUUGCUUCCAUCCCAGUCAUCCGUUCCACAAGCGCCCCUGGCAACCUCCUCACCACCAGUGGAGUCAUUACGUGCAUCAUCGCCUCAUCCAGUUCCACCUAUGCAUCCCUAUGAGUGUUCAGAGUGUGUCCGCCUCUUCCUAACCCCUGAGGAACUGCUGGAACACCAGGGUGAACAUUUUACUGAGAUUGAGAAAGAGAGUGGGGAGCCAUCUGAGAUAGCAACCCAGGAGACUUGCAGUCCCCGCGUAUCCCCACUGUCGUGCCUUGAAGAAGCCCCAGCAGCGGCCCCACCUGCUCAGUCCUUUUCUUGUAGUGAGUGUAAACAGGAUUUUGGUACACUGGAGGCACGGCAACAGCAUCAGCAGGAGCACAUGGCGAGCAGUGAAGAGUUCCUCUGUGGCGAGUGCCAGCGUGGGUUCACCACUGCCAAGCGGUUGUUGGCUCAUCAGCGGGUUCACGUGGACGGCACAUAUGAAUGCCCGAACUGCAAUAAGAUCUUUAAGAAGGCAGCCUCUCUCGAGCAGCACAUGCGCAUCCACAAAGGUGAAGCCCUCUAUCUCUGUGUGGACUGUGGGCUCGGCUUCUCCACUGAGAUGACCUUGAUCAUGCACCGCAAGAGCCAUACUGCAAACCCUCUGCACCGCUGCCACUGUGGCAAGACUUUCAGCAAUAUGACCAAGUUCCUUUACCACCGACGCACACAUGCCGGCAAAAGUGGGAUUCCGCCUUCCCGUGGAGCAGGGGACCCUGCCGCCAGCCAGCCUCCCGAGCCGGCCCCCAACAACGGGGAACCCGUAGUCAAUGGCUCAGUCCCCUCCUUUUCUUCACCAGGGACCUCGGGAGAUGUGCACAGUGCUGGGUUCUUGUGCCCUCAGUGUGGGAAGGCAUUCUCCACGUACAUCCGGAUGGUGCGGCACAAGCGGGUAGUUCACGUUCUGGAGCGCAAACACAAGUGCCCCACCUGUGGUAAAAAGUUCAAGAAGCUCGUGCAUGUGCGGAACCACCUGCGGACACACACUGGGGAAAGGCCUUUUCAGUGCUCAGAGUGUGGCAAGACCUUUGUCUCCCAGGCUAAUCUGGCACGGCACCACGUGACACACACAGGAGAACGUCCCUACCAGUGCCAGGUUUGUAACAAGCGCUUCACUCAGUCUUCCAACCUCCGUCAGCACCGCCUCUUGCACAUGGCACCCAACGGGGAAGGGCCCCACUCUUGCAAAGACUGUGGUGCGACGUUUUCCCGAGCCCACCAGCUGGCCCUCCACCGGACUGUGCACACAGGGUGCUUGCCCUUCCCAUGCCCAGACUGCGACAAAUCCUUCCCGCGCCGCCGGCUCCUAGAAUUGCACCAGCUUAGCCAUUCUGGGCACGAACCCCACCGCUGCCCCGACUGUGGCGCGCUGUUUGCGAUGGCUUCCAAGUUGCAGGAGCAUCGCUGUGCCAAGCGUCGUGAGCAGCUGACGGCACAGUCUUACCCCUGCCUGGCUUGUGGCAAGUACAUGGGCUCCCUGGCCAAGCUGGCACUGCACCAGCUGGUACAUUCCGGCCAGUGUCCUUACCCGUGCCCACUCUGUGGGAAAGCCUUCACCAGCUCCAGUGGGCUGAGCCGGCACCAGCAACGCCACGCUGGCCUGCGUCCUCACAAGUGCUCUCUUUGCGCCAAGACGUUUGUGGCAGCAUCCGGACUGCAGCUGCAUCAGCGCAUCCACACGGGCGAACGCCCCUUCCCCUGCCUGGACUGCGGCAAGGCCUUCCGCCAGGCUACCCAUCUGCGGGAGCACAGGCGCCUGCACACUGGGGAGCGCCCCUACCGCUGCCCAGACUGUGGCAAGGCCUUUGUGCAGUCCAUGCAUCUUGCGGAGCACCGGCGCAUCCACACGGGGGAGCGCCCCCACCCCUGUCCCCUCUGCCCCAAAACCUUCAAGACGCUCUCCAACCUGCGCAGCCAUCGCAAGACACAUGCAGAGCCGGCCGGUGGCCAGGAUGCCCUGCCGUCUCCUGGCUUUCUUGUGGCCACUGGCCAGUCCACUCAGAUGAUCAUGUGCACUGAGCUGGGGGAGACUAUUGCUAUAAUCGAGAGUGCCGAACCUCUCCCUUUGGUGGAGACGAUAGAGAUCUACCAAGCUGCACUCGAUGGCAACAUCCAGGUUAACGCCUUCGUAUAGGCCCUGAGCAGCCCUGAGGUGCUCUUUGCCCACGUGCGCCAUGCCGAUGGAGCGCAGCCUCCAUUUUUCCGUGCGCUGGCGGCAGAGCCUGUAUACUAAUCAUGCAGUGCUCAGAUUCAACCUGUUCGGGUUUUUGGGGCCUCGCUCCAACUCAUGUGCUUCAUCUGGAGAGUUUCUCAUAACAAUGCCUCUUUUGUGCAGGGGUUGGUGCUGCAGAAUAGGGCUUGGUCAUCCAUCUUUGCCAUGACCACACUCUUACUGCAAAUUAAAAAAACAAAAAACAAACAA